AGGACUCUGAAUCCCCGGUCCAGUCUGCCACAACCAGAACACUCUAUUAGCAUUUGGUGGAUCCCAGAAGCAUUUGGAGGAUCAUAGCUCUGGUUCCACCCCUCCCACCCUUCUCCUCCAACCUGACAGCAGCACACGAUCUGGUCGCGGUUUGGUCAGCGCUGAGUGUGUGUGUUUGCGUGUGUGUGUGUCCCCUCCCCAUCCAUCCCUUUCCAAAGGGUUUGUGAGUCACAUGGAAGGCAGCAGACGGUGCUUGCAGGCAAGACGCCGCGCGGCACACACACUGAAAGAGCCGGCGGCUCCUCUAUAAAACAUUACAGGGAGGAGGAGGAGCAGGCGAGGAGGAGGAGGGGGCACAGGAGGGCGAGGAGGAGGGGAGCGGGGGGAUAAGUGUCGGAGCGCUGGUAUUCCCAGCUCAGUGCCUGCUAGCAUGGCCAUAGAGAAGAAGCUUGGCGUGGUGCCGCCGUCGCAGGGCCCGCUGUCGUCCCGCUACGUGGACGGCCAGAGGAAGGCCAACGCUCCCAAGACACCCGCAGAGAAAAGCAAUAAUGCCAAAACAAAUGCCCCUACAAAGAACAACACGGUUAGUCCGUCGACUAUCAACAAAUCUACUGUCGGCCCAUUAGGUCCACGAAUCCUUGCAGGACCGACCGGGCCGAAUGUGGACGAGCGCUUGAGGUUGGCCAAAGAGAGGAGAGAGGAGCAGGAGAAGCUCCUAGCGUCUCGCGAGCUUGGCCGCCUGGAGAGGGAGCAGCGAGCCAGGAGAUACUAUGAGCUGCAGCUGGAGAGCCGCAAGACCAAGCUGCUGGAGCAGAGGGUGAAGGAGGAGGGGAGGCGCGCCGCCGUGGAGGAGAAGCGCAAGCAGAGACAGAGGGAGGAGAAGGAGCGUUAUGAAUCUGCAGUACGCAAAACUUUGGAAAAGAGCCAGAGACUCCAGCAUAACCUCCUGCUGAACUCCCGAGGGAGGCUCCAAAAGAAGAGUGCUGGCAACCGCUCCCCCCUGACGGCAUGGGAGAGGAACCUGGUCAGCCGUCUGCUCACCCCGACAUGCUCCUACCUAGCCCGGAGCCGGAGCGCUGCUUGUCUCUCGGGACAAGAAGUUGUCCAUGUUUGUCCUCGUUCAGUUUCAUGCCACUCCAUGAACACCACCCCCAAAAACAACCAGGCCAUUCACCACCCCAAACCACCGCAGCAGACUGGGCCGGCUCGCCAGAGUGGGCCGGCCCGCCAAACCAGGCCAGCUGCACCCCCCAUCCCCGGCAGCAGUAAACCCAGAAGCCAUAGUGUGCCACAGAUCAAAGCAGAGAAGCAGAACCAGCUGGACAAGAAAUCCAGUACUCGAUCUAACGCAGGAACACCACCUGUCAGAGCCAGAUCAGCACCAACAAAAGCUAGCCAAACCACUUUAACCAAACCAUCGCCCCAACGAACUCCCAGACGGCCAAUCAGACGGCAGUCCUUUUCAAUGCCGCCGGACCUCCCCUCCGUCCCAGAGGAAGAGCUUCCUGUAUGUGUCCCCGCCUCUUCUGACCCUGCCCUGGAUGACCCAGCACCCUCUGGCCCCGCCCUCUCCCCUGGCAAUGCCCGGCCCGUCAUCCUACCCCAGAAGCCCCCACCAGGGGGGCCCCCACCCGGGGCUCCGGAGGCCGUGAAGGGUCGCCCCGAACCUCUUCCUCGAGCUUCAUCAAGGACAGAGCCCGACAGAAGCGCCCCGCAGAGUAUUGCCGCUACUGGUGCGCACAAACCUCCUGAAGCAGCCAGCAGACCGGCCGGCGGGGGGCCCGCGAACCGAGAGGAGGCCCAGCGCCUCCUCGGGGAGCGGAGGAAGGAGGCGCGUCUGCAGCGGGAGCAGGAGGAGGAGGAAAGCCGCAGGCGUGAGGAGGAGGGACGGCGGAGGGCGGAGCAGGAGGAGCUGAGGAGGGCGGAGGAGCGCUCGCGCCGGCAGGCUGAGGAGCAGGCUCGCCGGCACGUCGAGGCCCAGCGUCUGGUGGAGGAGAAGAGGAGGAGGGAGGAGGAGGAGCACAGGAGUGCGGAGGAGGAGCGCACUCAGGCCAUGAGAGAGGCGGCCCUGCUCCAGAAGAAGAGAGAGGAGGAGCAGGCCGUUGAGCGGGAGAAGGCCGAACAGGUGAAGAGGGAGAGGGAGGACCUGGCCCAGAAGGAGGACGCCGAGCGGCAGAAGAGGAGAAAGCGCCUUGAAGAGAUCAUGCGGAGAACAAGGAGAACCGAUGCAGCAGAUACGAAACCUGCGCCGGCCAGGAUCACUCCGACCGAAGCCCUACCGAAGGAGAACACGGAGCCUAACCCCAACGGCCACACCGGGCCAGGGCCACGGCAGUCGACCGGGCUGAGGCCGGGCCAGCGGGGCGGGACCGGGAUCGAGGACAUGGUCCCCGUGGUGGCCUUCAAAGAGCGCCGGGCCAUCAGGACACUCACAGGUCUGGACGAGAUCCAGAGCCACCAGAGAGCAGAAGUCAUCUGAGCACUAGGACACCCUGCAGGCCUGGAGAGGGGCUGUGUUCUCCACGUGGUGCCUGCUCCACUACACUCUCUGUCCUGCACUUUCACAGAGCAUGGGACUAAACAGCCAAAGUUUAAUAUCUGCCAUUUGUGUGCUAUUCUCCCCAUUUAAGCUGUACCACAAGUCAUGCAGCAGAUUCAAUCAUUGGUGUGACACAGCUUGUCGAUAUUAGCUUGGAACUAGAGCACCAUUAUAUCAAUUGUGGAAUAGUUUGUUCUCCGCAAGCACAACAACAUACAAUAUAUAUUAUAUAUAGUACACAACAUACAAUAUAUAUUAUAUAUAGUACAACUGCCUUCGCUUCAGCGUGUUCAGAAAAUGCAGUUUUUAGAAAGCUCCUGAAAAGGUCGGGAUGUGGUUAGUCUAAAAUUAUAUUUGCACUGUCUUUAUACUAUAAUACUUUAUACUUAUUUCCCCAAAGCUGCUACUUCAUUUAGUGAGGCCAUAGCUGUGUUGUGUAUAGUUUCCAAAGAAUAUUGUGCAUAAAGUGUUAUUUUAUUUAAAAAUGGUAAUCAUUUUACAAUGCAAAGCUUUAGGUGUAGGGCUUAAGUCGGUUUAUUGCUACGUUAAAAGUGUUACCACAAAUGCAACCUUUCCAAGUGUGUGUGAUCUUCCUGAUAUGCCACCACUAGUUAUCACACCUGUAAAGUGGAUCCUUAUAACCUAUGGUAAAACUGGAACAUGUACGCCAUAUUAGAUUAAACUCGACCUUAAGCCCCA